AUGGCCGCCGUUCAAGCAACAGAGGAAGAGCGUGUGCAUCUCCGAAGGGUAUCUGCGGACUUUCCACCAACACCGCCAGAUUCAGAUCUGAGUGAUUCGGAGAAAUCAAGCGGCAAAGUAGAAUCAACAGAUUUCGCUUUGCCACCACCAUCACACCCACCCACCGAGAUCAAUCCGCUAGACCACAAGACACCAGAUGGAUGGCUCCCACGAGACCCACGACUGAUUCGACUGACUGGAGCCCACCCGUUCAACUGUGAAGCCCCUCUCACAGAUCUUUACAACGAAGGAUGGUUGACAAGUCCGGAGCUUUUCUAUGUGAGAAACCACGGUCCCGUUCCCCAGGUCAACGACGCAGACAUCCCCGAUUGGGAGUUCACAGUAGAAGGACUUGUUCAAAACCCACUCACAAUCAAAUUCAAAGACCUUGUCAGAGAAUAUGACCAGAUCACAUGUCCUGUAACUCUCGUCUGUGCUGGUAAUAGACGAAAGGAGCAGAAUGUUGUUCGUAAGACCAAAGGCUUUUCUUGGGGUGCAGCUGGUGUUUCCAAUGCACUGUGGACUGGUGUUAUGAUGCAUGAGAUUUUGAAGAAGGCCGGACUAAAGAGAGGAGCAAGAUAUGUGUGUAUGGAGGGUGCUGACAAAUUGCCCAAUGGAUACUACGGAACCUCUGUCAAGCUCAAUUGGGCGUUGGAUCCCAACAGAGGCAUGAUGCUGGCGUACAAGAUGAACGGCGAAAUGCUGACGCCAGACCACGGCAAACCUUUACGAGCCAUCAUUCCUGGCCAAAUCGGAGGCCGUAGCGUGAAAUGGCUCAAGAAGCUCAUCAUCACCGACAAGCCUAGCGACAACUGGUACCACAUUUACGACAACCGAGUGCUGCCAACCACCGUGUCGCCAGAAGAAUCGGCCAACAACAAGGACUGGUGGAUGGAUGAGCGAUAUGCCAUCUAUGAUCUCUCGACCAACUCCGCUAUGGCACACCCGGUGCAUGAAGAGCAACUAUGCAUAGUUGGCGCACCACAAAACUAUCGAGUCAAAGGAUACGCAUAUGGUGGCGGUGGUCGACGAAUCACUCGUGUGGAGGUUACCUUGGACAAAGGCAAGAGCUGGCGUCUGGCCAAUGUCGACUACGCAGAAGACAGGUACCGCGACGCUGGCCCAGUUGACCUUUACGGUGGCAGACUGGACAUGGAGUGGAGAGAAAGCUGCUUUUCCUGGGCAUUCUGGAACAUCGAUAUCCCGGUCGAUGACCUGAAAGACGCAAAAGACAUCAUGUGCCGAGCUAUGGAUGAGAGUAUGAACGUGCAGCCUCGCGACAUGUACUGGAGUGUUCUGGGUAUGAUGAACAAUCCUUGGUUCCGCAUUGCCAUCCAUCGCGAGAACGACUAUCUGCGUUUCGAGCAUCCCACUCAACCCGCUCUGAUGCCUGGCGGCUGGAUGGAAAGAGUGAAGAAGUUAGGAGGCAACCUCGCCAACGGCUACUGGGGCGAACAACUCGGAAGCUCCGAAGCACCGGAGCCUGUUACAGAAGCGGCACAAGAGGUCAAGAUGAUCAAGGACGGAAUAGACAAAAAGAUCACGAUUGACGAUUUGCGCAAACACGACACGGAGAAAGAGCCAUGGUUCGUUGUGAAUGGAGAAGUUUACGAUGGCACGGCGUUCUUGGAAGGACAUCCUGGAGGUGCACAGAGUAUCGUUUCAGCAGCUGGGUUGGACAGCACCGACGAGUUCAUGGCUAUCCACAGUGAGACUGCAAAAGCCAUGAUGCCGGACUAUCACAUCGGCACUCUGGACGAAGAAGGCAAACAAGCACUGAGCGGUGAGGAGGUCCAACCAGACGAGAAUGCAACACCAUCGGAAUUCUUCUUGAAUUCACGCACAUGGAAGAAAGCAAUUUUGCAGUCAAAGACCACGGUAUCCUGGGACAGUCGUGUCUUCAGAUUCAAGCUCGAGACUGAGGACCAGCGACUCGGCCUCCCCACUGGUCAACAUCUCAUGAUGCGUUUGCGCGAUCCAGUGACACGCGAGGCCAUCAUCCGAUCCUACACACCAAUCUCCGAGACAGCCGAGAAGGGCUUUGUGGACAUUUUGAUCAAGGUUUACUUCAAGAACGGCACGCAAGAAGGAGGAAAGAUGUCGACAGCCUUGGAUUCUUUACCUAUUGGCCACUUCGUCGACUUCAAAGGCCCGAUAGGCAAAUUCGAGUACUUGAGUCAAGGUCUCUGUGCCGUCAAUGGUGUCACACGCCAGAUCUCACAAUUCGUCAUGAUCUGUGGUGGAUCAGGCGUCACACCUAUCUACCAAGUGUUCCGUGCAGUCAUGCAGGAUGCUGAUGACAAGACAAAAUGCACAGUUCUUGACGGCAAUCGUCUUGUCGAAGACAUCCUGUGCAAGGGCGAGCUGGACCAAUUUGCCAAGGACAAUGAGCACAAAGCAAAACUCUUGUACACGCUCACUCAAGCCCCAGAUGAGUGGGAUGGUCUCAGGGGACGCAUCGCUGCCCCGCUACUCGCCGAACACGCCAGCAAAGAAGUGCUCAAGCUGGAUCCGACCGAACAAGCGUUGGUAUUGAUCUGUGGACCCGAGGCGCUGGAAAAGAGUUGCCAUGCUGCCUUGUUGAAUCAAGGCUGGCGCGAUGAUGAGUUGCUGUUCUUCUAG